CGGGGCGGCGUCUGCGGGGCGCGCGAGCUGCCGUCCCGGCUUCAGGAAGAAGAAAAUGGAAAGCCUGUCUGAUGUAGCUGCUUUCUCAACUAAACUGAAGAACACUCUCAUCCAGUACCAUAGCAUCGAAGGUGAUCAGUGGCGAAUUGCGAAGAAAACGAAAGAUGUAACAGUUUGGAGAAAACCCUCUGAAGAAUUUAAUGGAUAUCUGUACAAGGCCCAAGGUGUUAUAGAUAACAUUGUCAAUAAUGUAAUAGACCAUAUACGCCCAGGGCCCUGGCGUUUGGAUUGGGACCGCUUAAUGACUUCUCUGGAUGUUCUGGAACGCUUUGAGGAGAAUUCCUGUGUGAUGCGUUACACUACAGCUGGUCAGCUUUUGAAUAUUAUUUCUCCUAGAGAGUUUGUUGAUUUCUCCUAUACUGUGGGCUAUCAAGAAGGACUUUUAUCGUGUGGAGUAAGUGUUGACUGGAGUGAAAAGAGAUCGGAAUUUGUUCGAGGAUACAACCAUCCCUGUGGCUGGUUCUGUGUUCCAUUGAAGGACAACCCCAGCCAGAGUAUCCUGACCGGUUACAUCCAGACGGAUCUGCGUGGAAUGAUCCCUCAGUCUGCAGUGGAUACGGCCAUGGCCAGCACGUUAGCCAACUUCUAUACUGAUUUACGAAAAGCCUUACAGAAGGAGUAAUAGGUUCACACGGGUUUCCUCUGAUCCACUGAACCGCUGCUUCCCAUCAGACGCAUGGCGUGCGUGGAAAUCAGCCUCUUCUCUUCUGCAUAGCCCAUGGAAACAUCUCAAAUGUUUUUGGUUGAAUUAGUGCAGCAUUUUAUUUUAUUCCUAAAGUAAAUAGCUAAGAGAGGGCAUUUCAGUUUUGCUAAACUUUUAUUUGCAAACUGUUCAGUAUGCAAGUGUGUCUAAGAAUAGAGAAGAGAAAUCCACCAAGAAUUAGAUACAGUUCUCUGGCCUAGAUUAUUCACAGAAAUGGAACAGUGGCACAGUAUGAAUAUUUUGGCUUCUGAAAACUCAGAGAAAGCACAAGCUUUAUGCUGUUCAUAUUAUUUUGGAGCUUUAUGAAUAUUUUGUAAAAUUUCACUGUUUUCGGAAGUAGAUGUUGCUGUACUUUUAGUAUGUUUUAUGAGUUUGCCUAUAUCUUAGACAAAAGAUAAAAGUUCUUACGUAUAUUUUAUAUAGAUAAACUUUAAUUGAAUUGUACUCCUUUAAGUAUUAAAAAGACAAAUGAGAAAAGUGUUAUAUAAUCCAAACAUAAUUUAAUUUUGAUAUCUAGAUAGCAUUCUCUUGUAAUGUCUUUAAAAGCGUAUUGUGUCUUUAUGUGCUUUUAUAUUGGGACUCUUUAUUAAAUUGCAUUGAUGCAUGAAUAUGAUUACAUAAAUACCUGCAGAUUAUGCCCUGGUGACCCCAUCCCGAGCAGCAGUCUGAGGUGCAGGAAACAGCUGGUGUUCCCCUCUCCUCGCCAGCAGAGUCAGCGCUAGCAAGUCAACCUCGAAUGACUGUGCUGUGCAGGUUUGAGUUGUAAAAGUCCUACCCACCUCGCAGAACAGCACAAACUGCAUCUUAAACAUUCCUGGUCUAGAACAGUAACAAGUGUAUCCACAGAUUUGUCCAAGUACCUGGGUAUCAUGCCUUAAAAAUGAAUAUUCCCUAAUGAUUUUAACAUUCCCUAUCAUUCUUUAGCUUUUGAGUGAACUUCCUGGCUGUCUGUAUCUCUGUGUCUCUGUGUGUUGGCGCUGGGGCUUGAACCGAGUG